UUCCCUCGUUCGCCCCGUCCUAAAAAAAAACAAAAAAGAGGAACACCCACCAGGGGUGUUGUUAAAUGGAUUGUUGCUCCUAUCUAUAUAGAGUGCUGUCGUCCGUGCGAACGGGCAUCCCGCCGUCGCCGUAGCUGUGGCCGUAGCGAGUCAGUGAAGUGCGAGAGAAGUGCCUGGUAGUGCCACAGAAGAAGCUCUCGUCGGCGUCACGUGAUCCUCCUGUAAACCCGUGGAAGUAUGGCCGACAAAGAGGAGACCGAGAAGACCAUCGCCGAGGACUUGGUUGUCACCAAGUAUAAAAUGGCCGGCGAGAUCGUGAACCGAGUAUUAAAACAAGUUUUAGACAAAUGUGUCAUCGGGGCUUCUGUUAGAGAAAUAUGCGAGUUUGGUGACAAAUUACUCACAGAGGAAACUAGUAAAGUUUUUAAAAAGGAGAAGGAACUUAAGAAAGGAAUCGCGUUCCCGACAUGCAUAUCAGUCAAUAAUUGUAUUUGUCACUUUUCGCCAAUAGCCAGCGAGCCGGAUCUUAUUUUAAAAGAUGAGGAUAUGGUUAAAGUUGAUCUGGGAGCACAUAUUGAUGGUUUCAUAGCUGUAGUGGCACACACCAUUAUAAUAGGUUCAUCGCCAGAGAAAAAAGUAACUGGCAAAAAAGCUGAUGUAGUUUUAGCUGCAUAUUACGCUUCUCAAGCUGCAUUAAGGCUUUUGAAGCCAGGUACAGAGACUUACACGAUAACAGGCACCGUGGAGAAAAUAUGCGACGCCUACAAGUGUAAGCCAAUCGAGGGUAUGUUAAGUCACCAGUUAAAACAAUUUAAAAUCGACGGCGAGAAAACAAUUAUACAAAAUCCCAACGACGCGCAGAAGAAGGAGCACGAAAAGUACACCCUUGAAACUCAUGAGGUGUACGCGAUGGAUGUACUCGUUAGUACAGGUGAAGGGGUUGGGAGGGAACAGGAUACACGUGUAACGAUAUACAAGAAGACAGAGGAGACAUAUCAGCUGAAGUUAAAAGCAUCUCGAAUGUUUUACUCAGAAGUCUCCCACAAGCACGGUCUCAUGCCGUUUAAUUUACGCACUUUUGAGGACGAAAAGAAAGCGAAAAUGGCCGUUGUCGAAUGUGUUAAUCAUAGAUUGAUUGAACCUUUCCAAGUGCUGUACGAGAAACCGAACGAAUACGCUGCACAAUUUAAAUUUACGGUUCUUCUGAUGCCCAACGGGCCCCACAAAAUCACUGGAAUUCCUUUUGACUUGGAUAUCUAUCAAUCGGACUGUGUGGUUGACGAUCCCGAAUUGAAGACCCUUCUGUAUUCUUCAGCAAAUCCGAAGUCGGCGAAAAAGAAGAAAAAGAAGGCCGAGAAAGCCGUAGGAGACGUCGCUAUGGAAGUCGAUGCCAAGGCCUAACACUAUCAUUUUAACACACACCAUGACUUACUGACGUGCACUACUCCGAUAGUUUUUAUUUGGCGAUUCAAGAGUCAAGGCUGGACACUUUUGUACACAAAUCACUCGACAUAGCCAGUAUCCCGUUCUCGGACGUUGCAUUGUUAAAAUUGCGUGUUUGCAGUGACGCUUCGAAUUGCUGUGUCCUCGCCAUCCUCGUAAAUGAAAUGAUAGCAGCGGUAUUGUGUCCGGAUGUGAAAACCUUUGUACGUGUUUUAUUCGUUGGUUUAUGAAGUGUCGAGUUCUGCCAUUCUGCUAAAACUCCAUCACGCGCAUUUAGGGUCACAACUUUAUCAACACUUACAUUUUCUUUUAUACUAAUCUCCUAAAGGACCAUAAUAUUACAUUGUACGCAGAUUGAUGAUGACUGUUAUUUGUUGCGAUUAUUGAGUUUCGACAUCUACUGUUUUGUACGCAAUAAUUUUGUGUGAUCGUUUUUUCAUAAAUUCUCAUCGGCUAAACUUAAAAAAAAAAAAUUAAAAAAGUGAAUCGACUUGAUGUGUUUAUUAACGAGAACAAAAAUUGUCACUUUCUCGCGUACGUUGAACUGAGACGAAAUCUUUAUAGUUACACACAAAAAAAAGUCGAUGAAAGUGUAUUUGUUGUAAUUACUGUGACAAUUUUUUGUGAGUAAAAUUUUUAAUUAAUUUAGAAAAAUACACAAGAGCCACGCACUUUGGACGGCAAGUUGGCUGAACUACAAUCAUUAAUUUGUUUAAUCAUCCAUAGGAAAAUAAUCCAUUGCUUUUUGUUUUAUCGAAAGCUCGGCCCAUUUUGUAAUUUUUAACAUUUGCGUUGCGGACGUAACGCAUGCGUCUUGGCGAGUCUUUGCGCAAAAAAAAAAAAAAAAAAGUGUCAAAACGUAUCUGCGCGACAGCGCGUUAAUAAUAACAUCGAGAUUUGAUAUGAGUUACAGAAUAAGAGAGCACGCAACAAAAUAUGUACAAUCCUUGGAAUCCUUGCGAUACAAAAAAAAAAAAAAAAAAAACUAUAUAUACGAUUUACUUCGAAAUUCCGUGACGAUCUUCUGCACUAGCCAAUUUUGUAUUCCCUUUGUGUGUGCGUGUGUGUGUGUGUGUGUAUUUGUGCGCGAGCAAUUACAUUAUAUACUAACGUUUAAAAUUGUACAAUUGAAUGAAAUGUCUAGAACGCAUAAAACAAUGAAGUGUCAAUGAUUCUUCAAGUGUUUCGUUGCGAAAAUUAAAUUACCCCUCGAUUAAAAAACAAAAUCGCGAAGUCCAAGUUUUUACUUUGCGCAGAUUUAUUAAAUUUGAUGCGAAGGACACACACAUUGUUAAGUAAUAGGUAGAAAUGCAUCUCUAUAAUAUAGAAGAACUUUAUUUAAGUGAAACAAAACAAAACAAAAAAAAUAGAUCUUCAUGAAAAAAAAAGAGAAACACACAUUCUUGGGGAGUAAAUAUAGACUUGCCGACUUGCUACAAGCCGUAAAUUAUAUAAAAAAAAAUAAUAAUAAUAAUAAUACUGUGUAAUAAUAGUUUUAUAUAAGAGGGAUAGAUGUGUGUAUCUGUUAUAGAUAUUUUUUCUACUCAAGUUGUGCAUACGUCGAAUGUUACAGAGUGUGCUUGUAUAACAAAAAGAAAAAAGAAAAAAAAGAUCAUUGUGCACCGUCCGUCAUUUGCAUUGCCGAUUAUCUCCCUGAUGCUUAAAAAUCAAAUUUUAUCGACGAUAUUUCGGAUAUAAUAACUUCUUCGCGAGCGAGUUGUUCUCAAAUCGGACGCGAACGGUUUCAAGCGAUCAGAAAAAAAAAAAAAACUGUCAAACAAUAGCGUUAUAGAAUACAAAAAGUGCGAAAUCUUGCAAACGAGGACCGUGCACAACAUUCACACGCAAUAUAAAAAAUAUAUUAAAAAAAAAAAAAAAACUACGAUGUGAGAAAAAAAAAGAAAUUGUUAUGAAGAAAAAAAAAUCUUGACGAUAUACAUAAGCCGUAACAGCUAUUGAAGAUUUGACUCGCGCGUAUACUUCACAUAAAUCGUAUAUUAUAUACUCCAUUUCUUUCCUCAUAACAUAGAUAAAUAAUCUGCAAAAUACCAUGUAUAUUUGUAGAAAAAAUAUACGGAAAGGAACGAACGACUUUUCACACACGCAUAUAAAUGAUCUUGAGACACACACACUUAAACGAAUACUACGGAUUUUAUAGAUUAUCACUUGUUGAUAAUUUUGCUAUAUGAUCUCUCUAAUCAGAGUGAGGAUGUAAGUGCAGAAAUACAAAAUAGUAUUUACA